AUGGAUUUUUUUAUUAUCAUAUUUAUACUGUUACUCUCAUUUUUUUUCUUUGACUAUAACUUCUGUUCUAGGGGGUUGGUGUUUUAUAUAGGAAACAAGUCACUAAAGCUUUUGAAAAAAUGUAAUAAUUUAGAAAAGGUUUACAGAAGUACCAUUUAUUUGAUAUUUCCUUUUUUACAACAUAUAUUUGUUCACAUAUUUUAUUAUUAUAUAGAAAAGAAAAAAGAAUAUUUGAAUAAUUUAAUUUUUGAGCAAUCAAAGGAACACUAUGAUAUAAAAGGACAAAAGGAAUUUGAAGCAUGUAAUUUUAAAAAAGAAGAUAUAUUCAAUUAUAUUAUUGAAACUAGUAUAAAAAUAAAAAAUUAUGUAUACAAUAAAGCAUUACAUAUAUUUUUUUUUAUUGUUGAAUAUACAAAUAUUUAUGAAAAUAUCAAUUUAAAUUGUCAUAUUAAUACACGGGAGGUGUUAAAUAAUAAUAAUUUUGGUGUAGUGAUAAUAGACUAUUAUUUACCUAAUACUAGUAUUAAAAAAAAAAAAAAAAAAAAAAAAAAAGAUCAAACAUAUAAUUAUAUUAAUGAUUCUGAAAAAAUUGACCUGUAUGAUUUAGUUAAUAUAAAGCAAGAGAAAAAAAUAAAAUUUGUUUUAAUUGACAAUAAAUGGAAACAUAUCUUAGGUUUAGGAAAAAUAGAAGAUCCAAAUGUUCAACAUUUAUAUUUGCAGGAUACCGUUUUGAUUCAGUAUUUACAAUUCUCUUGGAUAUUUAAAAACCACUUUUUUAAAAAGUUAUACAAUGAUAGAGAUGUAUCUACACACAACUAUUAUGAAAUAAAAAAAAAUAGUAUGCAACAAAAUGAUAGAGAUGGGGUUAAGGAACAAUAUAAAAAGACAUGCCUAGGAGAAGAAGAAUUAAUUGUUGAUGGAAAUACUUGUAAUAAUAAUCAUCUUAAUGAUCAUGUAAAUAUUAAAGAUGAAGAAUAUUUUAAUAACAAAAAUUAUAUGAAUGAUCAAGAAGAAAUUAUUAUAAGAUCAUUAAAAAAAUGGAAUAUAAAUAAAGAAAAUGUAUGCAGUAAUAAAGAAGAGAAUUUUAAUCUAAUAACAAAUAAUGACAAAUUAAUGGAAAAUACAAUAUAUAAAAAUGAUAAUAAAGAUUUAUAUAUAGAAACACAAAAAAUGAAAGAAGAUCAUGUAUAUAAUAAUAGUAUAAAUUUAAAGAAAACAAAAAUUAAUGAAAUAGAGCAAAAUAAUCUUAAUACUCAAAAUAACAAUUGCUAUAGUAAUAAAGAAAAAUAUUAUAUUAAUCAAGAAAAGAAAAAACAACAAUUAAAAUAUAUAAAAAAUGAAAAUAUGAUUCGAGAUAAAUUAAAAAUGCAAUUAAAUAGAUGGAAAUAUAAAAAUAUCAAAGGAAUUAUUGUUAUCCUUCCUGAAAUUUUUUAUAAUUAUAUAAAUAUGAAUGAAAUGGAAAAUAAAAUACCUAUUUAUUAUUUCCUAAAAAAAGAUAUAAAAAUUGAUACAUUUACAGUUAUAGCCAAAUUAUUAGGUUAUAUUUGUAUACAUAUACAUAUUAACAUAAACUUUGGAUUCUCCAUACCAUUUAUAUUUAAAUCCAAAACUACCAAUAUUUUAAACAUAUCAAAUAACUUUAAUCUACAUAUGAAUAAAAACCUAUUUAAUAUAUAUAAUGAAAAUGGAACUUCUAAUAUUAAAGGAACACACACAAAUAUUUCAUCUGAUGAUAAGAAAUUAAAAUGUAGUAAACAUAUUUCAAAACAGGAUAUCAAAAAUAAUAUUAAUCUUUGCCAUAAGUCGGUAUCAAAUCUUAAUGAUCAUGAAAAAGAAAAUAAAAAUAAACAAGAUAAAAUGAAUAUCUAUAGUUAUAUAAAUGAUCAUAUAAAUAUUUAUAAUAAUGAUAACAAUGAUAAUAAUUCAAUUCAUAACAAUCUAUAUAAUAAACAGAAUGAUAAUAUAAAGGACACUAUUAAUUAUAUGGAUCAAAAUGACAAAAACAAUUGUCAUGAUAUGUUUCUUAAUAAUAAUUAUAAUGAACAAAGUAAUGAAUAUCAUAAUCAUCAACAAUGUGUUAAUAAUAUUAAUGAUGAAAAUAGAUACCAAAAUUAUGCACAUAAUAAUAAUAAUAAUAAUUAUAAUUAUAUACAUACAGAUUAUACAAAUUCUAAAUUAAACAGUAUUGUUGAAAAUAAGUUCAACAUGGAUGAUAAUUAUACUUUCCUUUUUUCUACCCCUUUCUCAUUUUUUAGUGAUAAUUAUAAUGACUUAAAUAUUGCAAUGAACCAUUUUAAAGCUAUUUUUAAAAAUUAUAAUUUUGUUUUCCUGUGUUUUAAUGAUGGUACUAAUAUUAUGCUGAAUUAUUUCUUGGAAAAAAUUUAUAAAAAGAAAAAAAAUAAAACUCCUGGAGGCAUGACAACAUUGAUAAGCACUGCUGGUGUUGCUGAAAAUAUUAAAAACACCUUUAAUCUUUAUAAUACUAAUGCAUAUAAAUGUCACAUAAAUAAUUAUAAAAAAAAACAUGUUCAUGAUACUAAAGGGGACACUUAUGAUAAUGAAAAAAAAAAACAUUCAAAAUUAUAUCCCAUCAAUAAAAGUGAAGAAGACAAAAAAUCAAAAUGUACCUUGCAUAAAGCGAAUAAUAAAAGUAAUAUAAUGAGUCUUUUUUUUGGAGAAAAAAAAAAAAAAAAAUAUUUAGAGCAUGAACAAAUGAAUCAAAGUCAAAGAUUUAAGAAAAUUACCAAAAAAUGGGAUAUACAUAAAAUAUUAAGUGAUAUAAAAGGAAAUGAUAAAUCCAGUUUUAUAAAUCAAGAUAAAAAAAUUAAUGAAAGGAAAUAUAACGAAAUUGAUAAAAACGAUUCUGAUGAUUCGAAUGCUAGUUAUGAUGAUGAAAAAAUAUUAAGUCAUGUAGUAAAAGAGCAAAUGCAUUCAGGAGAAGAUGAAAAAGAAGAACUAGGCGAACCAAAAGAAAAAGGUAGUAAAAGUUGUCAAGAGGAAGAAGAACAGGACGAGGAAGAGGAAGAUGAAGACGAAGAGGAAGAGGAAGAUCAAGGUGUAAACAAUUACGAUAAUUAUGUAGAUGGUGUUGAUAGAGAUGUAGAAAACUACGAUAAUUAUAUAGAUGAUGUCGAUCGAGAUGUAGAAAAUUACGAUAAAGGUAUAGCUAAUGUCGAUCACCAUUUGAACGAUGUCCAUAAAGAUCUAGAUGAUCACAAGAAGGUAGAAGAAGUAAUAGCAGAUAUAGAAAAAGAAGACAAAAAUGUUGAGAGAAAAAAUGUAAAUUUAAAAGGUGCACAAAACAAAACUGAGUAUCAACAAGAGCUGGUGAAAAAACUGGAUACGGAUCAAAAUAUAAAUAUAGAUAAAAAAACAAUGAAUCAAAUAAAUAAUUCGGAAUUUUCGAAUAAUGUUGAAAAUGUACAAGACAAACAAAAGAAUAAAAUAAAAAAAGAGGAAAUGUUUACAAAAAAUACCAAAAAAAAUAUGAAAAUAAAAAUGAAGGAUAAUAAAAAUAAUGAUAUGGGAAAAUUAAGAAAUAUUAAAGAGAAAUUGAAGAAAAAAAAAAUGGAAACCCUUUUGAAUUUAUCUAAAUUAAAUAUUUUUCAUAAAAACUCAGAACAGAUAUCUGAAAAUUAUAUUAAAGAAGAAGAUAAUUUAUAUAGAAAUGACUAUAAUACCAAUGAAUCGAAAAUAUGGAGCAUAUAUGAAAGUCAUGUGUCUAAUGAUCCUCGAGGUUCUGCUAGUACAUACAAAGGAAAUUCUAGUAUAAAUAAAUUUGCUAAUAUGAGUCUAAGUAAUUUUGCAUCCUUUAUUAAAAAGCACAAGAAUAAUAAUAGUAACCAUAGUUUAGUUGGCAGUUUUAAGGAUAAUUUGGAAAUUAAAGAAAUUAUAUCGAAGACAAAUUGUGAAAAAAAUUUGAACAAGUAUAUAGAUUUAAAUAAAGAAAAUGUGAUGGAAAUAGAUAUGAAAGAAUUUGUAGAACCAAAUAUAAAACAUGAUGUUGAAAAGAAUGUGUAUAAGGAUAUUAACAAGAAUACAAAUAAUGAAAUUGUAAAAACACAUAAUAUUGUAGAUGAGAAAAAUUUGAAUACACAGAUUCAAAAAUAUGUUAAUUAUGAUAAUGAAAAAAAUAUAAAAGAAGACGUUGAAAGGAACGUAGAAAAUAAUUGUGAGCGUCAUGAAAUGAAAAAUUCUGAAAUAAAAAAAAUCAAAUUAAAUAUAUUGGAAAAAUUCAGAAAAAAGGAAAUAAGGAAAUGUGAUAAUAUGGAUGAUGCCCCAAGAAUAUCCAACAAAUUUAGGUAUAGUUUUUUUAAAAUUCGAAAUAGAUUUAAACAUAAUUUUAAUGCAUGUGAUAAUAAGACAAAUCAAGAAAAGAAAAAUAUGGAAAGGGAUAAAAUGAUGAUAAAUUCAUUUAUAAAAAAUAAAAAUGCAAUGGUUUCUGAUGCCAACAGUACGUCUACAGCAGAUUCCAAUUUUGAUGAUUAUGGAAAGAAACAUACAAAAGAAAUAUGUAUCUUAAUUAAUUUUUCAUAUAAUAAUAUGUUUGAUAUAUUUAAUUAUCCUGAUGAUUUUAUAGAAACUAAAAAACGGAAAUUUUCUAUAGUUCAUAAGUUUUUUUAUUCAUUAAAUAUAUUUUUCAAUUCUUUUUCUACUCUUAUAAAACAGAGAUAUUUUUUCCGUUGUACAAGUGAGUUAUCAAAUUUUUUAAAAAGAUCAUUGUUUUAUGAUUUUUAUAAUAAUUUAUUGUGUAAAAUUAGUACAGAUGACCAGGACAGAAAUAAUUUUUUAUUAGAUAUAAAUAAUAGUAGUAAUGAAUAUGACGUCCAUUUAAAACGUUUAAGUGAUAUAACAUAUAUAUGUAAUAGUGAAAAACCUGAUAAAUAUAGAGACCUAUUAGAAAAUAAAUCGAAUAUUACAAGUAUAUAUGAUGAUAAAAAAAAUGUGAGCAGAACAAAUAUGAGUACUUAUAUUAAUAAAGACAUGGAAUGUACAUGGCAUGACAAUAAUCAAAACAAAAAAAGUGAAAAAAAUUUUGAGAAUAUAAAAAAUGAGAAUAUCCAAGAAAUAGAUAAAAUUGAUUUAAAAUAUAAUAAUAUUAAUAAUAAUAAUAAUAAUAAUAAUAUUAGUGAAAAUAAUAAUAUAAGGAGUAAUAUAGGAAAUGAAAUAUAUAACAACGUAUCAGAUAUGAAUAAAAAAAAUAGUAGUAAUAAUGUAAAUAAUCCAAUGGAAUAUAAUAAGGAUUAUACAUAUAAUAAUUCUUCCAUAAGAGAUAAUGAUAAUAAUAUUAAUGUGGAAAUAUAUAAAAAGAAUUCCCUUAAUACUAUUGAAUAUUUUGAAAACAAUUUAUCAUUUUUUAAUAAAAUACAUAAAAUGAAUAAAAAAAAAGACGAGUAUAAAUGUGACGAAAAAUUAUAUUGCAAGACUAAAAAUAUAAAAAGUAAUAAUGAACUAUAUGAUGUUAAGAAUAGUUAUAAAUUAAAUAAUAAUAAUAAUAAUAAUAAUAUGAUUUUUAAUGAAACAUAUAAUAAUAACACUUUUUUCAAAAAUAUAUAUAGUGACUCUUUUGAAAGUAAAAUUAGAGUAUAUUUUAAUAUUAAAUCAUUAUACGAAAAAUGGAAAAUAUAUUUUGAAGAUAAACAAAUAGAUAUAAGUAUACAAGAUAAAUUUUUAUAUAAUUUAUCAUUUAUAUAUAAUGUAUAUAAUUAUUUAAUUUUAAUAUAUAUAUAUACAUACUAUAACGAAGAGAGUUAUUUAGCUUUUUGUAAUAAUCAAAAAUUUUAUCAAUUCAUUGAAAAAAUACAUUGUUAUUUUAACGAAAAGAAAAAUAAUCAUAUACUUUAUAAAAAUGUUAGGAAUAGUGAAUCAUUUAAUACAUCUAUAAUACCAAGAUUUUUAAAUUAUCAUGAUUAUAAAUUAUUAAAAGUAUUCUUUUUCAUGUUACAAAAUUCAUCCAAUAAAUUUAUAUCUAAAAAUAUACAUCUGUUCAAUUUCCCAGUUGUUUUCAUUUUCUCUUCUGAUUCCAAAAAUUUUAAUUUUAACCAUUUUGAUAUCAUAAAAAUUUCAAAAAAUAAUAAUAUUAUAUAUUUAUUAUAUAAAAGGGGAAACGAAGGAUUAUUCUUAUCAGGAUUAAAACCAUAUAUAUGGAUAUAUAGAGUUCUCUUUGAUUUUGUUGAAUCAUUAUUUUUAUCCAGUUUUGACAAUUAG